CAUAACGACAUAGCUCAGAUAACCAACCGAACGCGCUUCAAGUGCCAACACAACUGUACGCCUUGCUAUAAUAGUAGAUUAUAUUAACUAUUUGCAACAUGGAUGUGACUGUAGUUGGAAGCAUUGUACAGGACUUGAUCAGUUAUGUUCCACGACAUCCUAAGCCAGGAGAGACCAUCACUGGAAGCAAAUUUAUCAUUGGAUGUGGAGGGAAAGGAGCUAAUCAGUGUAUAAUGGCGGGACGUCUUGGUGCUACCGUUGCUAUGGUUUCUAAGGUUGGUGUCGACACAUUUGGACAAAACUAUUUCGUGAACUUCAAAGAAAACAAUGUAAAUAUAGAUUUUGUCGGAGUUACGGAACAUGCAGCUACUGGAGCAGCAGCUAUCACUGUUAGUGACGCGGGUGAGAAUACCAUCGUGGUAGUUCCUGGAGCCAACAUGUUACUGACGGAAAAUGACAUCAGAGACGCGUUACCCGUCAUUAAAGGAACUAAGGUUUUGACCUGUCAGCUGGAAGUCUCCCCAGAAGCAACGAUCUUCGCCCUGAAAACUGCCAAAGAACACGGAGUACAGACCAUUCUGAAUGCUGCACCUGCCCCGCCUUCAGCAAAGGAUGUCUCAGAGGACUUAUUUUCACUGUGCGACAUAUUUUGUGUCAACGAGCAAGAGUGUGAGGUUUUUACAGACCUGCCAGUGGGUACCGUGGAGGAAGCGAAGGCAGCUGUGCUGUGUUUGUUCAACAAGGGAUGCAAUACGGUAGUUAUCACACUGGGGGAGCGAGGAGUGGUGUACGGGAGUCGGCAACAUAAAGAUGUGAAGCAUAUUGAAGCCGAAAAGGUUGUCGCGGUUGAUACUACUUAUAUUUCUGCCCUAUGAUCCAGAAACAAAGACUCGUGAACCAGAGAAGCCUUUGGAAUCUGUGCAACUUUCGUUGGAAUCCCGCUAAUAUACAUUUUUCGUUAAAAUAUAUUAAUCAUAUUCAUAUACUUACCUUAAUUUGACACCCAAUGGCUGAUGUGUAUUUUUAUUCUGGGGUGUCCUUAAAUAUGCAUUCAUUCAUUCAAAUGUGUUAAAUGCUCGAUUCACUUUGAUUAUUGUCGGAAUAUAUAAAAUAGCAAAGUAAAUUUAAAUCCAUUUGUGAUGAAUGUAAAUAAUAACGACACUGAGAUGAGGACAAUGUAUACCCAAUCUAUAACUGGUAAACAAGACACUCCACUAUCAAAUUGACUUGUGUAUGCUUAUUUAAAGAUGGAGGUUUUUAUUUACCGUAUUAAUUAUUGUAAACAUUUAUAUAUUAGACCUGUGUACGAAAUAUAAAUUAAUAUCAGCUUGUUAUACCCAGUCGUGUUGUGUUUGUGUGUGUCUGUCUCUAUGUGCGUGCGUUCUUGUAUAUAUGCAAAAGUACUUCAUAAUGGCAAUACAACAAAUACAAACAGUAGAUGAUAUCCCUGGUGUUUGUAAAUCACAUCUCUGCACGUGAUAAUAAAAAGAAAACAAAUUA